AUGUCAAUCCCCGAAUCUCUCAAUGCGUUCCGCACCGCCAAGGUGUUCCACAGAACGUGGGCGGGAACGUUCCACUGUAAGCCACAGGCCAUUUUCCAGCCAUCCAAUGUGUCGCAAAUCCAGGAAUUGGUCAACCAGGCUCGCGUCCACAAGAAGACCAUCAUGACGGUCGGCUCGGGCCACUCGCCCUCGGACUUGACCAUGACCAACGACUGGUUGUGUAACUUGGACAAGUUCGACCGUGUGCUCAAGAAAGAGGAAUUCUACGGCCCAGCAAAGACCGGCGGCAAGGAAGUCAAGUAUGUGGAUUUGACCGUCGAGGCCGGUAUGAGAGUGUACCAGUUGAACGACUACUUGAAGGAACACAAGUUGGCGAUUCAGAACUUGGGCUCCAUCAGUGACCAGUCCAUCGCAGGCCUUAUUUCCACUGGUACCCACGGUUCUUCGCAGUACCAUGGACUUGUCUCGCAACAGGUUGUAGCCAUUACUAUUGUCAACAGCGAGGGCCAGCUUGUGGAAUGUUCGUCUGUGGAAAAGCCCAAGCUCUUCCGUGCUGCGCUCUUGUCCUUGGGCAAGAUCGGUAUCAUUUCUCAGGUGACUUUGAGAGCUGUGCCUAUGUACACCAUUAAAUCGAAGCAGGAGAUCAUCAAAUUCUCGACUUUGUUGCGCGAAUGGGAUAACAUUUGGCUCGAGUCGGAGUUCAUCCGUAUUUGGUGGUUCCCCUACUCUGGCAACUGUGUUCUUUGGCGUGCUUCUAAGUCUGACGAUGAGUUGAGUCCUCCAAGACCAUCCUGGUACGGUACUACUCUCGGCCGUUUCUUCUAUGAGUCCUUGUUGUGGGUUUCUGUAAAUAUUGCCCCAAGAAUCACUCCUUGGAUUGAAAAAUUUGUGUUUGCUCAACAAUACGGUAAGAGAGAGACUUUGGGUGAAGGUGACAUUGCUGUCCAAAACUCCGUUGAAGGCUUGAACAUGGACUGUUUGUUUUCCCAAUUUGUUGAUGAGUGGUCUGCUCCUUUGAAGACCGGUACCGAGGUAUUGACAACUUUGAAUAAUCACAUUCAAGAUGCCGCCAAGAAGGGCGAGUUCUACGUCCAUGCCCCUAUUGAGGUCAGAUGCUCCAAUGUUACCAACUCCGAUACUGCAUUCGUUGACGCCGAUGGAAAGGAAAGUAUCCAUCCUCCUCAAGAGUGGUUGGCAAAGAGAGACAGAUUGAGCGCCGGCCCUGUUCCUGGAAACAACUUCCGUCCAUUCCUUGACAACUCUCCAUUCCAAGAGCACCAGCCAGACCAAUCUAAGAUUUCCAACGAUCAAUUGACGAUGUUCAUCAACGCCACUAUGUAUAGACCAUUUGGCUUCAACGUUGACAUUCAUCAAUGGUUCCAGAUUUUCGAGGAUGUCAUGACUAAGGCCGGUGGUAAACCCCAUUGGGCAAAGAAUUUCAUUGGUGUUCCCGGUGACCACGAGACUCCAAGUGACAUCAAGAGUCAAUUGAGCUUCGGUGGUAAGAAGUUCUACACCAUGAUUGGUUUUGAUCCCGUCAUGAAGGACUGGUUUGGACAAAACUUGGUUGCUUACAACGAAGUUAGAAAAGAGAUGGACCCACAUGGAGUGUUCAUGAGCGGUAAGAACUGGGCCAAGAGAAACGGUAUUCUCAUUGAGUAA